GUUGGCGAUUCGGCUCUCCGGAAUGACACGGACCGGAGCAGCGGUGUCAGAUAUGAGCUCCAGUAACUUAUUUGCGUCCGCUGGUUAAGGUGUAAAUACAUCUGUGGUGCGCUGUUGUGUCUGUGUGGCUUCAGUGCACCGUCAGCCAUGCCUGUGACAUCUCAGCUACUCAGGGGUUUGCCCCGCACCAAGGUCUUGGCCUCCAGUCUGUUACCAUGCCAACAACACCAGUCCCAUUUAGCACCCGUGGCUCACCGACCUGCCUCAAGGCGGCUGUCCCACAUGUGGCAGAGUCACCAGCCCUCAAGAAGUUACCAGACAUCCUCAUUGCUCCGCAGCUACAUCCUCACGCCUCCACAGGUCAACUCUAUUCUCAAAGCCAACGAGUACAGCUUCAAGGUGCCAGAGUUUGAUGGAAAGAAUGUGUCAUCGGUGAUGGGUUUCGAGAGUAAUCAGCUGCCAGCCAACGCCCCUAUAGAGGACCGUCGCAGUGCAGCCACAUGCCUGCAGACACGAGGAAUGCUGCUGGGUGUGUUUGAUGGCCAUGCUGGUUGCGCCUGUGCUCAGGCGCUGAGCGAGAGGUUGUUUUACUACAUAGCGGUGUCUCUCCUGCCCCACAACACACUGUGCGAGCUCGAGGCAGCAGUAGAGUCCGGCAGGGCCCUCAGUCCCAUCCUGCAGUGGCACAAACACCCCAAUGACUACUUCAGCAGGGAGGCGCAGAUGCUCUACUUCAACAGCCUCCGAACCUACUGGCAGGAAUUAAUAGAUCUCACCAGCCCAGGCGAGGUUCCAGACACCCGCGAGGCAUUGUUGAGUGCCUUCAAGAGGCUGGACAAUGACAUUUCUCUGGAAGCUCAGGUUGGAGACCCGAAUGCUUUCCUGCACUACUGGGUUCUGAGAGUGGCCUUUUCUGGAGCAACGGCUUGUGUGGCUCACAUCGACGGAUCAGACCUGUUUAUAGCCAAUGCAGGAGAUGCUCGGGCAGUGUUGGGGGUGCAGGAGGAGGAUGGUUCAUUCAGCGCUCACACACUCUCCAAUGACCACAACGCCCAAAACGAGGAUGAGGUGGCUCGGAUACGUGGUGAACACCCUCCAUCAGAGAGAAAGACAGUUAUACGACAGGACCGGUUGCUCGGCCUCCUCAUGCCUUUCCGUGCAUUCGGGGAUGUAAAGUUCAAGUGGAGUAUUGAACUGCAGAAGCGUGUGUUGGAGUCUGGACCUGAUCAGCUCCAUGAAAACGAACACACCAAGUUUAUCCCCCCCAACUAUCACACACCACCCUACCUGACCGCUGAGCCUGAGAUCACGUACCACAAACUGCGGCCACAGGAUCGCUUCCUGGUGAUUGGCUCUGAUGGACUCUGGGAGACCCUCCACAGGCAGGAAGUGGUUCGUAUUGUGGGGGAGUAUAUUACAGGGGUGCACCAGCGUCAGCCGCUUAAAGUCGGAGGCUACAGGGUCACUUUGGGACAGAUGCAGGGGCUUCUGGAAGAGAGGAAGGCUCGCAUGUCUUCGGCUUUCGAGGAUCAGAACGUGGCGACCCACCUGAUGCGUCACGCGGUGGGAAAUAACGAGUUUGGCACAGUGGACCACGAGAGGCUGUCUAAGAUGCUGUCGCUGCCCGAGGAGCUGGCUCGCAUGUACCGCGAUGACAUCACCAUCAUCAUCACUCAGUUCAACCCUCAUGUGAUUGGAGCACAGAGACAGGAAGGGCAGUCCUGAGCUGCUCAGAAGUCAUUCACUGGUGUCACACUGACAAGUACACACACGUCUUUAAAUAUGUACAACAGAUCUAUACAAAAGCACACUGUGGACAAACAUAAGGCCAUACUAAGACAAUUCUCAAUGAAUUUGUUUUAACUCUAUUUAUGUACAGAAUUUGUAUGUUUUUAUGCAGUGCUACAGGUGAUCCGGUUUCUUAUGAAGCUAAAAAUCUCUCUCUAAAAACUGGAUCAGAGUCUCUUAUAUAACAAGUUAUUUAUGAUGUUCUCUGGUAACGGUUUCAUACAUACUUAUUUCUGAGGCUGAGAAGACGCUGUUACUAACUGGUUCUUGUGCCAAACGAUUUGACAAACUCGUUCCCUGUAAGACUCAGCUGGGUUGAAAUUGUAGAUAUUCCAAAGAGGGUGAAGGUGAAGUUAAGAGGCCUUGCAGCACUGACCCAACCUGUUUUUUUUUUUUGGUUUUUUUUUCCUGAUAUGGACUCUUAACUGGUCUGUGCCAUGAUAACAGAACACUCUCUUUUUCUGUUGUCUCCAUCUUUUUUACUUUGUUUGUUCCUUCAUCUGAGGGACGUCUGCUGUUACAUUUAUUUUUACUCCUUUGUGUGUAUGAGAUGUUCUUAGUACUGUCCAAACAUACUUGUUUUGUUCAGUGUUUACUCUGCAGUGAGUGUUUGGAUGAUUGUGUGUACUCCAGCAAACUGGAUUUCAAGUGAAACAGUGACUGUCAAGCCAAAAUGCUGGGAACCACUGAGCUAGAGCUUGUUUUCAUUUCAAACCCAGUGCUGGAGUAUGAAGCAAAAACAAAACUGUCCAAAUAUUUACAGUAUUUUUAACAAGUUAUGAACUCCACCACCACAGGUAGACUGAUAUGUACCAGGCUUUUCUCUGAUACUAUCAUUUCAUUUUUGUGGUACUUUUUCUGCCAAAAGAAGUUAGAGUGAAGUUUUUUUCCAUUCAGUGGUAAAUUUAAUGUCAGCCUGUGUGUUGGUGAACGUCUAAGCAAGCACACUAACUGAGCUUUACCACAGUCAGUCUGCUUCUUCUUUUCCAAGCUUUGUUGGGUUUAAAGGGAUGCAUGUUUAUGUGUUUUUUAUGUCUUUUUUUCUGACAGGUCAUUAGCAGUGUGGAUACCAGUUUCUUACACAUUUUAUUAUUUGUGACAGCAAAGUAGAAGCAGACCUCUCUCCUGAUACUCUCCAGUUAAACACUUUUCACAGGGAUGUGAAUAUUUAAACUGUAUUUAAGCCCAAAUAAAUGAGCAUGAAUGUACAUUUGAAACAAGCUGUUUGAAUAUUAUUAGGUUAUUUAUUCAGCUUAAGCAUUAUGUUACACGUUUAUCCGCAGCUGUAUGUAUAAAUUGUAACUUAUGUGGAUUAAGUUUUGUAUAUGGAAUGGUUUAAUAAAAUACUGAAUACACA